UUUCAGGAAAUACUCAUUCUACUUUCUGGCCAUGCCUAUCGAUUUUACCCUUACUCCCGAGCAAGAGGAGCUCAAAGCUUCGGCUCGCAGAUUCGCGAAGGAGGUCCUAACCCCCGCGCGUGAAGCGUACCUCAAGCUCCCAACCCAGCACCAACGAUAUCAGUGUACUCGGGAUGCGUACCGAAAGCUCGUUGAGGGUGGAUGGAUCAAGAUCCAGAUUCCUGAAAAGUACGGUGGCACGAGAAAAAGCCUUGUUGAUCUUGCAAUCAUUGCCGAAGAGUUUUUCGCCGCUGAUUCUAGUAUCCCCAUUACAUGGCUGGUGACUGGUCUCGGGCUCGCCCCUAUCUUCAUGUACGGGAGCGAAGAACAGAAGAGAAGAUUUCUCGCCCCCUUCCUCAAUAUGGAGAGCGACGACGUCGCAGCACUCGGCUUCUCGGAGCCCACUGGAAGUGCCAAUUAUAUCCAAGAUGAAGGCGGUGUGGGAAUUCAGACCUUUGCUGAGAUCAAGGGAAACGAAGUCAUCAUUAACGGUGGAAAGCUAUGGGCAUCCAAUAGUGGAGGAUGGGAUUUUAGGGGGCCAUCUGUACUCUGUCUUCUCUGUCGAUUCAAGAAAGAUGGCCCUCCAAAGGACUCCCUCGGUUUUGUUGUGAUUACAAAGAGGGAAUUCGAGGCCGGCGUCAACAGGGGCGCUUUCGAAGUACCCAGUGACAUUGAGACACAUGGGUUCCGCGCGUCAUCAGGCCCACGAACCAAGUUUACCAACUUUCGUGUUCCGAGAGAGAACAUCCUUGCUUCUGUCGGCCUUGGCGCUGUGAUAAAUGUAGCUGCAUUUACCGAGUCCGCUGUGCUCGUUGGCGCUGGUGCUGCUGGCUUGAUGAGAUCUUGCUUUGCACACACGCACAAGUUUGUCACAACGGAGAAACGCGGUGGAUCAUCUCCAACCAUCAAGUACCAGUCUGUUGGCGAUUUGUUGAUCAGCAUGAAGAUGCGUGAAGAAACCACGCGCUACCUCACCUGGAAAGCAUGCCAUUACCUUGACACCACUGGGGAAACGGAAAUGGCAUAUCAGGCCAAGGUUUAUGGUUCCGAAAACGCCAUCCAGUGUGUCCUGGAGGGAAUGCAGGCUGUUGGGGUGACUGCAUAUGACUGCACUCAACCAUACGGAUUGAUGAUGGAUGAUGCCCUCUGUUUGCCGCUAUUUGAAGGAUCCAACGUUGGUGUCAGACGCCGUCAGAUUCAGAGCAUCUUCGCCCAGCCCGGCUAUGACCCCGAGUCCUGCGCAAGCGGUAAGCCCUGGAGCAAGAUGGCAUCGACCUACCCUGAUGGUGUCCCCAAAGCGCAUUUGUAAUACGGCAUAGCAUAUGUGGCCGUGGGAAUCCUCACAGCAUCCGGGGGACCCGUCCCUCAGUAGUCUUGUUGGAUGUUUGUCGGGAAAGAAUGUAGUCCUUCUUUUUGCUCAUGUGAAAUCUCUUGGUAGCUGCCUGUCAUUAACGGUAUUAUGGAACUAA